AUGGACCGACCAUCGCCUCGACAUCUCGAAGAUGCGCAUUCGCCUACAGCCUCGCAGGAGACCACAAGGUAAGCGACCCCCAGGUAAGCUGAACGUUGUCUUGUUGUCUUUGCCCGCUCACCAUCUCCAUUUCAGCAAUAAGCUGGCUCAACGGUUAGACAACCUUCCUAUCGCUGCCGCCGCCGACGACGCCGCCGCCGCUGCCGAGAAUGCCCCCGUGGAGAACAGCCGCUGUCAACUGCGAGACUCGGUCCAGUCGACGACGCUAGCCGUCCUCGGUCGCGCUCCCCGCCAACACCAGGACUGGUUCGACGACAACGACGCCGCCAUCAGCAAUCUGCUCGCCGAAAAGAACCGCCUACACAAAGCCUUCGAAGAGUACCCCACUGACGACAACAAAGCUGCCCUUUACCGCAGUCGUCGCCACCUUCAGAAACGACUGCGCGUGAUGCAGGACGCGAUCAUCGUCGCAGGAUCGCCAGUCGCCCGAUGUCGCCUUGGGCACCAUGUGCAGAGGGGACGUUCAAGAUGUUUCAGACGGUAG